AGUGGACAGAUAUGAGGAAGCAUUGAAAACGUAUGUGCUACGUCCAGAGCGGAAAGGCAAAGCAAUAGCGCAAGAAAAGUCGACAAGGAGAUUAGUGCGCCGCCAUCUUGAGGAGAAUAUUACUCUUCCGUGUCUUGCAGGAAGUAACAAUUACGAGAGAGUUAACUGGAUCACCGAUUUGGCUGGAUCUGGACAUGGUCAAUAUAUUCUUGCUAACAGAGGUGACGUUACUUUUCGUAUUAACAGAUAUAGAGUGGCACCAGGAAGUGCUGGAAUUGUCUAUGGAGGCAAACAUGUACUGCGUUAUUCGGACUAUACUUAUUAUUUCGGACUUCCUGGUGCUCGUCGCCGUCCUCCGCUAACGUCUCCUCCACUACCGUCUCCUCCACCACCUCAAAGUUGCGUAAUUCUGUAA